CGCGCGCGCUCGGGCGCGAGCAGGACGCGGCCCCGGCUCGGCUCCGGGCGCGCGGGGGGCGGCGGCGGAGGAGGCGCCGAGGCCACACCCAGCAGAGAGCGGAUCCGGCCGCGAGUCGUCCCGCGCCCGAGCCCCGCGCACCCCCGCGGACCCGGCGCACCGAGGCCGCUCCGGCCGAGCGCGAGCGCAGCGACCAUGAUCGCUUUGUUCAACAAGCUGCUGGACUGGUUCAAGGCCCUGUUCUGGAAGGAGGAGAUGGAGCUCACGCUGGUCGGGCUGCAGUACUCGGGCAAGACCACCUUCGUCAACGUGAUCGCGUCAGGACAGUUCAACGAGGACAUGAUCCCCACGGUGGGGUUCAACAUGCGCAAGAUCACAAAGGGGAACGUGACCAUCAAGCUCUGGGACAUCGGGGGGCAGCCCCGUUUCCGCAGCAUGUGGGAGCGCUACUGCCGCGGCGUGAGCGCCAUCGUGUACAUGGUGGACGCCGCUGACCAGGAGAAGAUCGAGGCCUCCAAGAACGAGCUGCACAACCUGCUGGAAAAGCCGCAGCUGCAGGGGAUCCCGGUCUUAGUCUUGGGAAACAAGCGAGACCUCCCGGGAGCGCUGGAUGAGAAGGAGCUGAUUGAGAAAAUGAAUCUAUCUGCCAUCCAGGACCGCGAGAUCUGCUGCUAUUCCAUCUCGUGCAAAGAAAAGGACAACAUUGACAUCACCCUACAGUGGCUUAUUCAACACUCGAAGUCGCGGAGAAGCUGAGAACGCGGCCCCGCGCCUCGGACCAGCAGCCCACCCUCCGGACCUGAAGCCGAGCUCCCGCCUACCUGCCCCGUCCCCCGAGACCCCCCUCGUCACUGGUGUGGGGAGGGGCCCUCUGGGCAUCCUAGAACCCUGUUCUGCUGAGGUUUGAACUCCUGUUUUUAUUGUAAAAUAAGUCGCUCCCCUCCGGUCCCCUAACAUCCCGCCUGCCCGUCC